AGUUUUCAGGCUCAAGCGUGAAUGUAAGUUCGCCUCCGGCCAUGGCGCUCAACAAACUUAGGAUUGAUUCCGUGGAUGUGUCUGGCAAACGAGUUUUCAUCCGCGUCGAUUUCAAUGUUCCUCAAGACAAGAAGGACCCAAGCAUCAUCACCAACACUCAACGCAUUGAUGCAGCGCUUCCAACUAUCAAGUACUGUCUUGACAAGGGCUGCAAGUCUGUAGUGCUUUGCUCCCAUUUGGGACGACCUGACGGCAGCGCUGUGGAGAAGUAUUCUUUGGCACCUGUGGCCAAGUGUGUGCAAGAGAAGUUGGGCAGACCAGUGACCUUUCUCAAGGACUGUUGUGGACCAGAGGUCGAAGCUGCUUGUGCAAACCCCACGAGCGGUUCAGUGAUCUUGUUGGAGAAUUGUCGAUUCCACGUAGAGGAGGAAGGCAAGGGUGUUGACAAGGAUGGCAACAAGAUCAAGGCCGACAAAGAGAAAACGAAGGAGUUCCGUGCUUCGAUAGCCAAAUUGGCCGGCAUUUAUUGUAGUGAUGCUUUUGGCACUGCACAUCGUGCUCAUAGUUCUAUGGUUGGCGAGGGCUACGCUGUGAAGUGCUCCGGCUUUCUCGUGGCCAAGGAGCUGGAGGCCUUUGCCAAGGUCUUGGAUGCUCCAGUGCGGCCAGUCUGUGCCAUUUUGGGUGGGGCGAAGGUGAGCGACAAGAUUCAGCUGAUUAAGAACAUGUUAGACAAGGUUGACGCCAUGAUCAUCGGAGGAGGAAUGGCUUUCACCUUCAUCAAGGUGAUCCGAGGAAUCAGCAUUGGGAACUCCCUCUUUGACGAGGAAGGUUCAAAGAUCGUUCCGGAGAUCAUGGAAAAGGCCAAGGCCAAAGGUGUCGAGAUUGUGCUGCCCAUUGACUUUGUAUGUUCUUCCAAAUAUGGAGAGGACGGCGAGAUUAAGAAUGCUACCGUUGAAACUGGAAUUCCGGAAGGUUUCAUGGGCUUGGACUGUGGCCCCGAGACCAACAAGUUGAAUGCGGCCACCAUUGCAAGGAGCAAGACCAUUGUGUGGAAUGGGCCCAUGGGAGUCUUUGAGAUGAAGGCCUUUGAGCAGGGCACCAAAUUCAUGAUGGACAAGAUUGUGGAAGUCACGAAGGAAGGCACCGUUACCGUGAUUGGCGGCGGUGACACUGCAACAGCAUGCAAGAAGUACGACACCGAAGACAAGGUAACGCAUUGCAGCACGGGCGGCGGAGCUUCCCUGGAGCUUUUGGAGGGCAAAGUUCUGCCUGGCGUGGCUGCUUUGGACGACGCUCCGGCGGGCGCAGGUACCACGAUCCUGCAAAUUCGAGCGCGCGAGAUCUUCGAUUCCCGUGGCAACCCAACUGUGGAGGUGGACCUGUGCACUGAAACAGCGCUUUUCCGCGCGGCUGUUCCCAGUGGUGCCUCAACGGGCAUCUACGAGGCCUUGGAACUCCGAGAUGGCGACAAGGGCCGCUUACUGGGGAAAGGUGUUUUGAAGGCAGUGGAGAAUGUGAACUCACUCAUUGCCCCCAAGCUGGUGGGGAUGGACGUGCGAGAGCAGAAGCAGAUCGACGAGGUGAUGGUGCAAGAGUUGGACGGGACCAAAAAUGAGUGGGGCUGGUCCAAGUCCAAGCUUGGUGCGAAUGCCAUUUUGGCAGUGUCCAUGGCCGUGUGCCGUGCUGGGGCAUCUGCCAGUGGAAUGCCUUUAUACCAAUACAUUGCGAAGAUUGCGGGCAAACCCACGGACAAGUUUGUGAUGCCAGUGCCAUCUUUCAAUGUCAUCAAUGGUGGCAGUCAUGCGGGCAACCGCUUAGCUUGCCAGGAGUUCAUGAUUUUGCCAGUGGGCGCUUUAUCCUUCAAGGAGGCGAUGAUCAUCGGAGCGGAAGUCUAUCACAAUUUGAAGAGUGUGAUCAAGAAGAAGUACGGUCAGGAUGCAUGCAAUGUGGGUGAUGAAGGUGGCUUCGCACCCAAUGUGCAGGACAACAACGAGGCUCUCGACGUCCUGAUGGAUGCUAUCAAAAAGUCGGGCCAUGAAGGCAAGGUGAAGAUUGGUACAGACGUCGCAGCCUCCGAGUUCUUCAAGGCGGAUGAGAAGUGCUACGACCUGGAUUUCAAGAAGGAAGGAGGUGGUGCUGCGGACAUGAAGAAAUCCGUGCCGCAGCUCAUUGAGUACUACAAAUCAUGGUUAUCCAAAUACCCCUUCGUGUCCAUUGAGGAUCCUUUUGACCAAGAUGAUUGGGAUGCCUACAAGCAGUUCAUGCUGGAAGUUGGCAAGGACACUCAGAUUGUUGGAGAUGAUUUGCUUGUCACCAAUCCCAACCGGAUCAAGAAGGCGCUAGAGGUAGGUGCCUGCAAUGCCUUGCUCUUGAAAGUGAACCAGAUUGGAUCCAUCUCUGAAGCGAUUGAAGCUGCGAACAUGUCAAUGGAAAAUGGUUGGGGAGUCAUGGUCUCUCACCGUUCUGGUGAGACAGAGGAUUCCUUCAUUGCCGACCUUGUUGUUGGUCUCCGUACAGGGCAGAUCAAGACUGGUGCCCCUUGCCGAUCUGAACGUCUCGCGAAGUACAACCAACUGAUCCGCAUCGAGGAGGAACUUGGCCCCAUUUGCAGCUUUGCAGGUAAGAACUUCCGGAGACCUUAGAGCUGAAGGCCCCGGUUUCUCAGAGGCGGUGAGAGAUGAGAAUCGGCCAAUUCAAUUGGCAGUCGAUUCUUGACUUUGACAUCAAGCUAUGUCGGUGUCGAACCACAUCUGCCUUGUCAAAGUCCAUGGCAGUGGGAUCACCGACCAAAGUGCCGCGCCAGCACCAGAAAUUGCGCCGAGACAAAGUUAGAUCGGAAGAUGGAUG